CAUCUGUUUUGAUUUUGAUCUUUCAAUAUAAUUACUUAUUUAAAAAAAAAAAAAGGAAGUAAAACAAAUAUUUGUAAAACAUACCAUAAAAUCCACGUAUUAGAUGAACAAACUAACAAAAAAAAGAAUAAUUAGGACGUGGCCCUCAACCAUACUCGAAACACGAUGUACACGUGGCCUAUCCCGUUCUCUUUCACUCUGUGCACCAAUCAGGAAUCGAUAAAUAUUUUCUCUUUCACGUUCUCUUUCACUCUGUGCACCAACGACAAUAACACUUUCUACUUUCCACUCAGAUUCCACCAAGAAAGUAAAAGCAAACCAAGCUACUCCAAUACUUGUCACUUCAAUUUUCCAUUUUCUUUUUCUUGCACCACUCCACAUUUCAUAGUAAACCUGAGUUCUACUGCUCAAGAAAAGUGAAGAUGUCUAGGGUUUUAGCAAUGGGCAUUUUGUGGUUAUGGGUGUGGAUAGCAAUGGUAGAAGCAGAGUAUGUUAAAUACAAAGACCCGAAACAGCCAGUGGGUGCUCGAGUUAAAGACUUGAUGAAAAGAAUGACUUUAGAAGAAAAAAUUGCUCAAAUGGUACAAAUUGACAGAUUGAUUGCUAGUCCUGACAUUUUGAAGACCUACUCCAUCGGUAGUGUACUGAGUGGCGGUGGGAGUGCGCCACUUCAUGAGGCUAGUGCUGAGGAUUGGGUUAAUAUGAUAAAUGGGUUUCAAAAUGGAUCUUUGUCUAGUCGUCUGGGGAUUCCAAUGAUUUAUGGCAUUGAUGCUGUUCAUGGACAUAACAAUGUCUAUAAUGCUACAAUAUUUCCUCACAAUAUUGGGCUUGGAGCUACUAGGGAUCCUAACCUGGUGAAGAGGAUUGGCAGUGCAACUGCUCUUGAAGUUAGAGCUACAGGGAUUCCUUAUGUCUUUGCUCCAUGCAUAGCGGUUUGUCGAGAUCCAAGGUGGGGUCGCUGUUAUGAAAGCUAUAGUGAGGAUCACAAUGUUGUGGAAGAGAUGACCGAGAUUGUACUGGGUUUACAAGGGGAUAUUCCUGCUAAAUCUCGAAAAGGAGUUCCAUAUGUUGGGGGAAAGAAAAAGGUUGCAGCUUGUGCAAAGCAUUUUGUAGGUGAUGGUGGCACAACCAAGGGUAUCAAUGAAAACAACACAGUGAUUGACAUGCAUGGAUUGUUGAGCAUGCACAUGCCUGCCUAUUCUGAUUCAAUUAUCAAGGGUGUCUCAACAAUCAUGGUUUCCUACUCCAGUUGGAAUGGAGAAAAGAUGCAUGGAAACCGUGAGCUAAUUACUGGAUUCCUCAAGGAUACCCUCAAGUUCAAGGAACUGCAGGGAUUUGUUAUCUCAGAUUGGCAGGGAAUUGACAGGAUUACCUCGCCUCCACAUGCAAACUACUCAUAUUCUGUCCAAGCUGCAAUUCAAGCUGGCAUUGACAUGGUCAUGGUCCCUUUCAACUAUACUGAGUUCAGUGAUGAUCUUAUUUACCUGGUCAAGAACAAAGUCAUCCCUAUGGAUCGCAUCGAUGAUGCUGUGGGAAGAAUUUUGCUUGUCAAGUUCAGCAUGGGCCUCUUUGAGAACCCAUUGGCUGAUCUCAGCCUUGUCAAUGAACUUGGAAGCCAGGAACAUAGAGACUUGGCAAGGGAAGCUGUUAGGAAAUCACUUGUGCUGCUAAAGAAUGGGAAGAAUGGAACUGAUCCUUUACUACCUCUCCCUAAGAAAGCUUCAAAGGUUCUAGUUGCGGGCACUCAUGCUGAUAAUCUGGGCUACCAAUGUGGUGGAUGGACAAUUGAAUGGCAAGGAUUUAAUGGCAACAACUAUACAAGGGGAACCACUAUCCUUGCUGCCAUAAAAUCUGCAAUUGAUCCAGAUACAGAAGUUGUCUUCCAAGAGAAUCCUGAUAGCAGCUUUGUCAAGUCCAAUAAGUUUGAUUAUGCCAUUGUUGUUGUUGGUGAGCCCCCUUAUGCUGAGACGGCCGGAGACAGCUUGGACCUCACAAUGAUGGAUCCUGGUCCCACUGUCAUCAGCAAUGUCUGUGAGACUGUCAAGUGUGUGGUUAUCAUUGUCUCAGGCAGGCCUCUUGUGAUUGAACCAUAUGUUUUUUCAAUGGAUGCCUUAGUGGCAGCAUGGUUACCUGGCACUGAAGGCCAAGGUGUGACCGAUGUCCUCUUUGGAGAUUAUGGAUUUACUGGAAAACUACCACGAACUUGGUUUAAAAAUGUAGAACAACUACCAAUGAACAUUGGGGAUUCACACUAUGAUCCGCUCUUCCCGUUUGAUUUUGGAAUUAGGACCAAGUCAGCUCCGGGUGUUGUGGCCAGGUCAACAUCAACUGGCGUUAUUGAGAGGCCACAUAUGCUUUCUGUAGUGGUUUUUGUAAUUUUCAGUUUGUAUUUCACAGGUAUAUUUUUGAACUGAACUUGCUCAUGAAUGAGCAACCUAACCUUUAGAUGAUUCAAUAGAUGUAGAAUCUAGAAGAUGUUUGUUUACUCAUUGUCCUUAUGAUUAAUGGAAUCUUGGCAAUCUUUGAAAGAUCAAAUCCAAAUUUAUACUUUAGAUUUUUUUA